UCCGAGUUGGAGUCGCUAUCUUCGGCUCUAGGGUGACACUGGGACUCUCGCCCUCGGAGGGAGACGCGUUCGCAAGGUCCCUGGCUGCAGAUUCGUGGACCCUUUCCGUGGGCGCCUGGCGUAGCCGUAGGUGGCUGCAGCCCCGCCCAGCAUGGUGGCCCCACCAGACCCCCAGUUUGUCCUCCGGGGCACCCAGUCGGCGGUGCAUGCGCUGCAUUUCUGGGGAGGAGCCCAGGAGCAGGGGCACCAGCUUCUCCUCUCAGGGUCCCUGAGUGGGCUGGUGCACAUCUGGAGCCUGCAGACACGGAGGGCGAUCGCCACCCUGGACGGGCACGGGGGUCAGUGUGUGAUCUGGCUGCAGACACUGCCCCAGGGACAGCAGCUCCUCAGUCAGGGCCGAGACCUGAAGCUGCGCCUGUGGGACCUGGCGGAGGGCAGAAACGCCGUCGUGGACUCCGUGGGCCUGGAGAGCGUGGGCUUCUGCAGGGGCUCCAUCCUGGCCCGGGGUCAGCAGCGCUGGAUGCUGGCUGUGCCCGGGGGAGGCAGCGACGAGAUUCAGAUUCUGGAGAUGCCAUCCAAGACGUCAGUGUGCACCCUGAAGCCAGAGGCAGAUGCCAAGCCAGGCAUGCCCAUGUGCCUGGAGCUGUGGCAGACUGACUCCAGCCCCCGCCCGUGCCUCCUGGCUGGCUAUGAGGAUGGAUCGGUGGCCCUGUGGGAUGUCUCCGAGCGGAAGGUGUGCAGCCGAAUCGCCUGCCACACAGAGCCCGUCAUGGGCCUUGACUUUGACUCCCAGAAGGCCAGGGGCGUCUCGGGCUCCGCGGAGAAGGCGCUGGCUGUCUGGAGCCUGGAUGAGCAGCAGGCCCUGCAGGUGCGCGGGACUCAUGAACUCACCAAUCCUGGGAUCUCUGACGUCAAGAUCCGGCCUGACCGAAAGAUCCUGGCCACUGCGGGCUGGGACCAUCGGGUUCGCGUGUUUCACUGGCGGACGAUGAAGCCACUGGCCGUGCUGGCCUUCCACAGCGCUGUGGUCCACUGCGUGGCCUUCGCCGCAGACGGCCUGCUGGCCGCGGGGUCCAGGGAUCAUCGCAUCAGCAUCUGGUCGCUCUACCCACGCUCGUGACUUGCCCACUCCCUGUUCUGGACACACGGAGGACAGAGAGGUGGCACCCACACUUAGGCCUGACCCAGGCAUGUGGAAGCCAUGCUCAGGGCCCCUGUGGACAGCAAGUCACCGCUUCUCCUCCUCCAGUCUCGAGAAGAGCUUGGUCCGUGGAGUCCUCGCUUUUUGCACGCGGCUUAUUUCCUCCUGUGAAAUAGGGCAUCUGUGCAGCCGUGACUGCAGUUUACAGGGUAACUGGGCAGACACCUGGGCACAUGUCACCUGGGUAAGAGGCCAUGGGGUGCUUUACAGUAAACUUAAACUUGCAAACCUG